UCUGACGAGAGAGAGGAGUGUUCUUUCUUGCAUGUCAUCACGUUUGCCUUUCAUCAACUAUCACUGGCAAUCUGUUCCACCGCCCAUCUCAGGCUUUCGGUCUGUAGGUUGUUGUGUGUCUGUCUGUGUGUGUGUGUGUGUGUGGGUAUGUGUUUGUGUGGGCUUGUUCUUCGCUAUAUGACGCUGCCCUGCUGGUGGGGCGUUUAAAGAGGUUCGCUAGGUGUGCGGGUGUGGUGGUGGAUGUGGCACCUUGACUGGUGCCCUCUGCCGCGAAGUCACGCGCUGUUGGCAUCAAUGAGAUAUGAAUGAAUGACCUCCAGCACCGUCGGGCAUGCGCUUUGUUACGCAUAUCAAAACAUAGAUGACGCACUCUUGAGGUGGUGUGUAAAGGAGAGGAGAGGAGAGGAAGAGGAGGAAGCGGAAGAGAUUGAAGUAGGUUGUCGCGAAUAGGCAUGAGACGAAGGAGACAAACCUCAGCAGCGUCAGGGAGGGAGAGAGAAAGAGGGAGAUAGGAUACGAAGUUGGGAUUCAACCAGGGAAACUUACCACGAGAGCGAAGCGCGUCUCGUCGUCGUCUAGCGUAUCAUCUUCGUCUUCCUCAUCGUUAUCAGUUAUCAUCAUCAUCAUCAUCAUCAUCAUAAUCAUCAUAAUCAUAUCUCUCAUUACCAUCCAGCAUCAUUAUCAUCCUUCUCGUGAAAUCGAUGGAUGAAUAGGUUGCCGCUGUGUUCCUUGCAUCUUCGGCGCUUUUGCGUAUAACCGACCGAGAGAGAGAGAGAGAGAGAGAGAGAGAGAGAGAGAGAGGGGAAGCAUUGAAGGCGAGCGAUGUUUGUCAUUCGCGUAUUGCGUUGUCAGCCGUUGGGCGUGGCUGGCGACGAGAUACACUGCUAGUAGGUAGGGAGAAGAUUAACUCUUCUCUCUCUCUCUCUGUGUGUGUGUGUGUGUGUGUGUGUGUGUGUCCAUCUCCUCUUUCUUUCUUCUUGUGGUGGUUUUAUUCGUUCGGUGUCUGAAGCUGUCGUUCGUUGCACUCGUCUCUCUGACCGGGUACUUGCGCGCUGGAGCAUCCGCAUGCGCUCACUAGUGCGGCACUCUGCUCUGCUCGUUCAGCUUUUCUCCUCCCUCUCAUCCUAUCCCCCCCCCUCCCCCCCCCCCCCCUUCUUCCUUUCGCUUCGUGUUUAGUAGAAGGAACGUGGAAGCAGCAGAAGAAGAGAGCUUGUCGUCGUUGUCGGAUUUCUCUUGUUGACAACAACAUCCCCCCUCUCGAGGAGAAGAGGAUAUACUGUUUUCCCACUCAGAACGUCGAGUGAUUGACGCCAGUUUUUUGAAUCUUCUUUCUCUUCAGUUUCCUCUCUUCGCUCCGCAUUCACACCUCUUCUUCUUCCUCUCUCUCUCUCUCUCUCUCUCUCUCUCUUUCUCUCUCUUUUCUCUCUUCUUCGUCCUCUCGUUGUUACUUCAUCGUCAUCUCCAUCCUCAUCGUAACUUAGCCUUGUUAUCAGAGCCGCGGUCUCAGCUUUUUCCUCUUACCUACCACCACCAAGUCUCUGUCACGUGAUUCCGCUAAACUCUCUCGCCCUCCCAUCAACCCAUCUCUCUCUUCAAUCAAUCUCAUUUGCCAUCUGUUUCGCUCUUGGGGUCUUUCUGCGGGGACGCGAGCGCAGACUCUCCGUUUUGAAAUUGCGGCCCAUUUGUGCUUGACUCGUACUCGUUUGUCUAUUCAUUCUUUCCUCGCACUCGGGGAGAGAGAGAGAGAGAGAGAGAGAGAGAGAGAGAGAGAGAGGAGCGCAUCGUUGUGUGGUGAGACGAUUACAGACAGCACCUGCGUGUUCGUUCUGCUUACCACUAUCUGUCGACCUGCUUACUCCUUAACUGCCGCCUCUAUACUCCUGAGCUUUGUGAACGAAAAGGACUAAUCAAUCUCCUUACGCAGCCUCUGUCUGUGUGUGGCCGAAGUCAGAGGUACGUUGUCGGCGUAGAAGGCUUGCAAGCAGGUUGGGUCGCGGGCAGCAAGCAGGCAAUCUCCUGUGGGGUGGGUGUUUUGCAAUUACCGCUGUAAGGAAGGAACUCUGCCUCGCUUCUUCCUAAUCAAGGUUCAAGGUUCACUUUAUAAAGUGUUCUUCGUCCUCGGUUGUCCUGCCUUGUGCUUUAGCCACAGGUUGGCUAUAGUCUUUUGCAGAGACUAGUCGAUUUGCAUGGGGGUUUGAAAGAGAGCGGCAUUACAGAGGCGCAUUUGAAGGAGGAGUAGGAGGAGUAGGAGGAGGAGGAGGAGGGUUGGUUUGUGGGAUUACGACCACUUAGCGCCUUUCUUUACCACAUUAAGUCUGCCCUCGAUUAUCGCGAUUGAUUGAUUUCGAUUGAUUGAUUGAUUGAUUGAUUAAUCGAAGCGAGAGACUGAUCGGGAGGGGAUAACAAGCGUCCAAGAGAGAGAAAGAGAGAGAGAGAGAGAGAGAGAGAGAGAGAGGAAUGUGGAGGCCAGGAGAAGAGGAAGAAAUGGGAAUGCCUUUGGUGAGUACAGUUUCUCAGGCUGUGCUUGGGGCGCAUGUCGGGAUGGGGGAAGAUGAUUGCGAUUGGGGGGAGGAGGAGGUGUUCGACCAUGGAUAUGAGGACGCGUCGGAUGGCGAUGAAACAGCGUCGGAGGGCUCGUUUAUCUCCGACAGUGGAGACUUGGGGGCGCGCCGCGACUCCUUCAACGGCUCCUCGGUUCAUCAUCAUCAUGAUUACGAGGAAGACGACCACGUUCAUUACGCGCAAGCGGUGCCGAGUCAGCAGCAGCAGCAGCACGAACAGGCGGUGCCGUCGAUUAGCAGCAGGAAACGUGGCCAUGCUGCUGCUGACGUGUCCUCCUCAGAAACGUCGUCCGAUGACGUCAGUUCCAGGGAAGUUUCGGGGGAAGAUUCGGGCUCGUCGUCGAGCAAUAGAGGACGAAGUGGAGUGGCUCAUGUUGGCCUCAUCCGGCCUGAGCUUCGAGGUGUGGGAUUGGGAGGAGGAGCUACAACUACUGACAGCAGCACCCUGAGGGCGAGCAGCGGUGUGUCGGCGGCGCGGCUCGCAAGGGGGGGGGCAGCAGGAGGAGGUUGUCUGACAGUGGGUGCGGAGAGUGUUGUCAGGCUUGUGCACAACGGCCAGCAGCAGCUCAGCACCAGCGGCAGCGCCGCCGCGCUCCCCGGCGCCACCUGCGGCGGUAAUCUUACCGCCGGCCGUUGCGGGUUAGUGGAGAAUUUCGGCGUAGGCGGCGCCCCGAUCGGGAUGAGGAUGUGCGGCAGCUCGGCCGCGGACAUGCCGGCGGCCGGGACCGCGGGGGCUGUACACGGCGGCUUCCCCGAGCGGGAUCUACCCUCGUUAUCGUCGCCUCGAAUGCAGAGCAAAUGGCUCGGCGUGAUGAGGAACAGUAGCAACACGCGAUCGAAGCCCAUCCCGACCGCUAAUCAAUCAGUCAACGGUCCUCAGAAGAAAGGGCUGUCGUUUUUGAGUAGUACGAUAGGAGGGGGAGGGGGAGCAGGAGGAGGAGGCGGAGGAGCGGGGGGGGCCAGGGGGGGGGGGUGUGGGAGGAAUGACGUGGAAGUGGCCGUGCUGCCCAAAUGGCAGCAAUCUGCGCCCGUGAAUUUCGCCCAUGUGGCGGCGGAGCGGAAGAUGGGGGGGAGGUGGGCCUACUCCCCUCAGAGCGACGAUGACGAUGUCGGUGAUAAUGAUUGGAACAACGAGAUUCGGAUAUACCCCCACGAGCUGGUUGCGAGGACCAAGUACUCGCACAAGAUGGUUGCCUUCUCGGUGGCCGACGGGAGAGGGGGCACUCUCAAGGGCAGGGAGCUGCGUCGACUGCGCGACCUGAUCUUGCGACAGGUCAUGGGGUACGAGUCACGGUAUCCCGACGGAACGCUGCACGAGCAAUUCAGGCCGGCCAUCGCUCUCAAUGUGAUGGAUUGAUCAUCGAAACAAUUGGGAGGUGGGUUUGAUUGGGGGAGGUAGGUAUGUAGGUUUUAGCUGCGCGAAGUGUUUUAGGCGAACGUUCCAAUGAACAAUCAAUCAGUCCGUCCGUCUGAUUAGUCCACUCAGUCGUCGUUCAAGCAAUCAAUCAAUCGGUCAAAGCGCGGAAGGCGUCGUGUGUGCAGGAAUUGAGGAUGUUGGUGGGUGGGUGGGUGGGUUGAUGUAUCCCGACGGUCGUGGAACCGCAGUCGAAAAGGAUGGGAGAGGCGGGGCUGCACCCCGAUGUCAGUAUCCUCGUUGACCUUGAGCAUUAGUCACCCCCGAUGGUCGGGAUGGCCUCAAACGUAUGCACCCCCUCGUCAAGCUGAUUGCUACUCCGCCUGCUUGCGAACCCUCCUCCUACCCUUCUCCACCUUGUCCACUCAUCCUCUCUACCCCUUGUGUCAUCUUGCCCCGCUCUCGCUGAUGGCUACAGGCGGCGCAUUGCCGCUAUCUUUUGGCUGGGUAGCCGCUUCGGUAGUGAAGUGUUCGUCGCGCUUUCUCUGUGUCUCGUGAGGGAGUGGGUCGACCGUUCGGACUCGCGUUGGCAAUGUAGGGCAGGAGGGCACGAUGAAGGGAAGGAGAAAGGAGAAAGGAGAAAGGAGGUCGUUGCCAGCGCAGGGGACGUACACGUGUGUACUCAGCGGGUGUGUGCGCUCGAACAGAACACCACGUAGCAUUUUGCAAUUAGCGCCACGAAUAAUGAACCUUCGUCUUGUUGUCCAGGCAAGUGCUGUUGCGGUGAGUGAGUGCGGGCUCUCUCUACGUGACAUGCGUGCGAGCUGUUCGCGUUGAUGACGAUGUGCGUUGUUCUCUGCGCGGAGAGUGGCCGCUUUAAGUGUGGUGCGGUUGGGUCUCUAGGCGACAUGGAAGGCUUCUUUCGUCUUAUCGUGCGCAUCUACUACAAGCAUCGCCUCUUGUUGUCCGGGUAGUACUACACUCUGUCUCUCUCUCUCUCUUUUUUCCUUGCAAGUGGGGUCUCUAGGUGACAUGCAAGGCUGUUCUGACGUCGACGAAGUGGGUUCUGAAGGAAAAGAGAGAGAGAGAGAGAGAAUGGAGGGAGAGAAAUUUUGACCGUUGGCGAUCAUCGCAAGGGAGGAGGAUUUAGGUCGCUGGAGGGGAGAGGGAGGAUAGUGUUUCUGAGAGAGGGAGGAGGAGGAGGGCUGCCACGUGGUUGUCUUUGACCAAUUUCAAUUUUGUGUGAGUUUUAAUUUCGGAGGACGGCAUUACGAUGAUGUGAGGAUGACGCUCUUCCUCGUGUUCACGAUGAUGGCUAUGGUGGUGAUUGAGCCUACCACCUCCUCCUCCUCCUCCUUGCACUCCUUGUACUCCUCUGCCCAACACCAGCCUUUGUACAUUCCAAUAGUUUUCGGGACAGACCAUUCUGCUCUGUCAUUGAAUUGGGUGUGGAUUGGGUCCGUGGGUGCUGGGCUAGCCGCUUUGAUUACGCGC